GACAGUCUUCCAUGACGAGUGCAAGUUCAAGGAGAGCUUGCUCCCGAACAACUACAACGCCUACGAGUCUCUGGUUUACAGGGGCUCCUACAUAGCACUCAGCAAGCAUGGCCGCGUGAAGAGGGGCAACAAGGCCACCACUGCCAUGACUGUAACGCACUUCCUACCCCGAAUAUGAUGAGCAAAAACUGGCAAUAACAAACUUAUUUGCACAUGUGGAUUAUUUCCCAGGUAACAUAAAAUACUGUAUACGUACGUACAAACACAAAAGACAAAAUGGACUGUAAAAGAAAGAAAUACCACUAUAUCUGAUAGUAUUUAUUCAAACUUUAUAUGUAUAUUUCGGUAGCUUACUUUGUAUUAGAAAUGAUGCCAUUCUUUGCUGCUUUUAUGAUUUUCAUCAUUUUGUGAUAUGACGGGGAUGAGAGGUGUCAUUUAUCCCCUCAGUUUCUAUGGGUGCUUGCUGGAAUUGGUUGAGUCCUUGUCCCGUCAGUGGAUGACAGUUCAUCCUUUUUGGAAAUGAAAUGGAUACGUUAUUACCUCAAAGCACCAUAUCCUGGGAAGAAGAAGAGGAAGAAGAAAAAGAGAAGAUGUGUGCAUGAAAUUUCUACAGAGAAGAAUGCCUGUUUACUUCAAAUGUUUUUGUUGUCAUCCAUCGAGGACUCGGACGUUUCCCAUCCUCCAUGUUCGAUUGUCCCUGUCGCUGUCAGGGCAACUAGAGCACUUGCAAACAUGGCGGUGGUUUUUCUUGCUUCGUCAUGAGGUGGCGGUGCCUUGAAUUCCUACUUGCAGCCCCCUUACCCCUAGCAUGCGAGAAACGUGGUGCUCAAGUCAGAAAUAGGAAUGAAACGCAAGUCAUCACUCCCUCAGACACCACCGGGGGGCUUUAGCUCAAUUCCUAGAGGGCCAGAGGUUCCUCCACUUUAUUUUCUUUCCAUAAUUAGAUCAAUUAAGUAAUUGAGACUCUAUGCUGCACAGGACCCAGUGGAGCCUCUUGUUAAUAUGGAAAGCUAGAUUUAGAGUCAGCACUCACCCCCCCACCCCAUCAUGUCCAAGGGAGCUUUGACAAUCCCAGGUUUUACUUUCACAAAUUUUGUAGCCGGAUCAUGAGGCCAGACUGAGUGUAUGAGUGUGUGCUAUAUGUGUGGACAUGCAUUUAUUUUAAGGAUGUAUGUAGAACUGCUCUGUUUGAGAGCUGCUUCAUUUGAAAGGUUUUUUUUUCUUCCUCAUUGUGGGAGGCCAAGGACGGCGUCUGUGUAACAGAAUAUCAUAGACCUGACACUAUGAAGCAAAAUGUCCUCCAUUUCUGUCUGCUGUAUAUUUCACUCCACUUCAGACUGAGUUGGUGCAAUCUGUUGCAGCUUCUCUGUGGUCUUGGUACUUUGUUGUUGAUGACUCAAACUAAUUUAUUCGAUUUUGUUUUUUGGAAAAUUUUGAGUUUGUAGUAAAAGUGGCGAUGGGAGCUGUUUGACUUUCACACUGGUUUUGAUGAUGUUUGGCACUUAAAGUAUCGCGUUUAUGCAGAGAUGGGUCACUGAGGUCACUGUAAAUCUGAUGGUCUGCUGCAUUAAUAUAAAAUACUCCGGGUGGGUUUAGAGAGAACUGGAAAUGGAAUACUUCAGGUAACUCAGUCGGUCUGACAUUUAGAAGGUGUGGAUUGCGCUUAAUCAUCCCGGAUUUUGAAGCUAUGUAUGCAUUAUUCAGCUCGCUCAGUCACAGUGUGGCUUCUUGUGAGAAAAGAACUAUGAGCAAUGUUUCAUAAAACAGUGAACCAAAGGGGUUGUAAUAAUAACGAUGUUCAUUCAGGCUUUGUGCGUGCAGCAUACCGUACUUGAAUUCAACAACUCCUCGCGCUCCUCUUACAGAUAGUUUUCCAUUGUGGAGACGAGGGGUGGGGGUGGGGGGGGACAAAGGAUAAGCAAAGUUGAAGAUAGCAAUGAUGUACAGAGGACUUAUAUGGGACUCUGCAUGAGGCACUGGUUGUUUGUUUAACUUGGCGAGGAUGUGGAUAAUGUGGGGUAAAAUACCUAAGCAUGAGACUAGUGGGCCCCUCGUCGGUUGGUGUCAGACUGGACGGUCAAUGCAGGGCCCUGGGAUUCCUGUCCCGCUCAUCUGAGCCAUUUUUGUACCAAGGUCGAAGAUGUGGGCUUUCUGUACUUUGCAUUACUGAUGUAGGCGUGUUUUUCUGCUCCAUCUCAAUGGCUUCUACCUUGUUGUUUUACGGAGCUCUGCACCUGUUUGGCUAUUUCUUCAUCAAGACAAAAGUGGCUGUCUUGUGAUGUGCAAUGAAAUUCUUGUACUAUUCAAUGUUUAAAUUAGGUGCAACUGAGCUCAAUUUCUGAGUCUUUGAUUUUAAAUUAAGUUAUUAUACUUGACCUGCAAUACUCUGUAAGUAGCAAACCACCAGUCAGGCCAGUUAGAAAAGUAGCAAGGCUCUUAUAUAUAUAUAUGUAUGUGUUAUCAUAUUUUACCUCAUGCCUGUUUUAACAUUACUGUAACACACUGACGAAAUGUCUGCGAGCGAAGGUUUGCGUGCCCUUUAAGCUCCAGCUUAUGUGUAGUAGCAGAGACUAAUGUGCAGUGUCUGUUCAGAAUGAAUGUGUCUUAGCGUGUGUGUGUGUGUGUGUGCAUGUGUGCAUGCGUCCAACUGAGCGCGCUCCUGUCAUGUUCUGUUUCUGCCAAAGCGACAGUAGAGAUGGUAUCAGAUCAAUUUACCUUGAGUCAGGAAUAACAGGGCAUUGUCUGACUGUGCAAGCUGAUGUACUGUACUCUCCUCGCGGGGGAGGAUAAAGACAAGAGGAACAGAGAAAGGCAACACGGAGGAUAGUGAGGGGAUGUCUGUGAGAUGAAAGCACUGACUGCUGUUUGAGGUGGUAGCUAUGUAGCAAAAGGCCACUUAAAAAGAAUCUAAUGCUUCCAGGAAAAGGGACACUUGAGUUAAACAGGUUGUCUGAUGGACUGAAUACUGUGAUCCAAGAGAGCAACUUGACACUCCCAGGAUGUCAUGUUUAAUGUUUUUGAAUACUGACACCAUUGAUAAUUGUGUUUGGGGGGGGGGGAUUUGCCUUGAGCAUCGUACUACUCAUUCAGCCUAUAUCACGUAACUGUGAUCAGAACAUGAUCACUCGUAGCUUUGUCGGGACUGAUUUUGUGGCAGCGAGAAGUUGGUUGGAGAGGUGUUUUGGCUAAUUUGUCAAAAUAUAUAAAGAGGUGCACAUUUUUGUUUUAUGGAGUGCAAUUUACUGAGCAGGGGUAGAUGUUGUUUUCAUUUGCUAGGUUUUCAUCAAAACAAGCUUACAUGCAAGAUCUAAAGUACUUGUUUUUGAUGUCAACGUUGUGUUAAUUACUGUACGUCAUUUCUGAUUUAUUAUGUCAUGUUUUUUCGGAGGACAGUCAGCCCAACAAGCGAUGAGUUGAAUGGCAGAAUGGGAAUAGUAAGGGACACCUGAUGAGUUGAUAUUGUUUACACCUAAUGCAACUUGGUGUCAGAUUUUCAAAGCUAGCGGAUUGAAAGAGUAAAGGAAAAAUAAGUUCUACAACUUUUGCAUGAUAGUAACCGAGAGAAGGUAGUUAAUGGUAAGAAGCAUAUCACCUUUCAACAUUAACUUUUACUUCUGAAUUUUCCUUUAUUAUGCAUAUGGAGUCCUGACUGGACAAGGUACGCGUUAACCCCAUUUGAUUAAGGAUCCAGUGUCUGGAUCUUUGCCAUUGUGCUUAUCAUACCUGUUCAGCUGGUUUUAAAAUGUGUUGGUUCACAGGGAACUGAGGUCUGUGGAGGGAUCUGGGAUCAGACUUGUGUGUGUGCGUGUGAGUGCGUGUGUGUCCCUGUGUGCCGGCAGCCUUUGUGUUUCUCUCUCAGUUUUCUAUUCCUGCACUGAGGGGAGAGUGCUUCCUCUGAGUCCCCCUCCUCUUUUUUAACAUAUACCUCACCUUCUGCCUUAGUUCCGAUUAUUGAAAUGAUUGUAAAUUAGUUUGAAACAACAGACUUCUCCAAUCAUUUGUUUCUGAAAAAUAUGAUGAUGAGUAAGUAAAAUACUAUAUUACAAAUGGUUUUCCUUUUAUUUUUGUACGUAUGUGCUGUGCACAGCAGUCAACUGUAUUCCUGAGAUGAUAAUAAAAAGACAUUUUGUAAAA